AUGACAUCUCGCAAAGCCUUCUUCGGGACUUCAACUACCAGGCAAAUCAAGAUUGAGCCCGACCUUAAGGAGGAGGAGGAGGAGGAUCCAGGGAAACGACAGGCUGCUGAAUUUAGGCCCGCCGUCGGUCGAAGCGUAUCUCCCGAGAUCCUGGACACGUUGAAGACGGGAAUCAAGAAUGCUGCUCGUUUACCUAUCUAUCUGGCUCACACCCAUAUUCAAUAUAUGUACGAGAUUGUAGAAUUCAAGGGGUGGAGGGAAAUCGUCCGCUCGCUUGCCGACACGUGGAUUGAGAACCCUGCAAACCCUCAGCGUGCAGCUGCUGCAGUCAAGCGAUCACCGAGCCACAUAGACGCUUCGAACCUACUGUGCGGUUAUUGUCUGUUCCGGCUGAACGAACGGCCGUACGAAGCCGGAAGAUACUGGAAGCGCGUAAGAGAAGACGAUGGGCUUCGGAUACACAAUGAACAUGCAGAAACGGUUGUUUUCAUUGCAGUGGAGGAUCUGGAUGUACAUAACGGCUUUUUCAUGCCUCUCAGGAAGGGUGAAGAUGUGUGUGUCGAUGGCGACGCAAACGUUUGGUUCCCGGCCACGGGCGGAGGAGGAGGUGUCUGUCUUGUCUUCAAGAUCUGA